CAAACGCAGCUUUCAGUUGCCAUCCACCGGGGGACAAAUGGGGAGGAGGAAGUUUGUCAGAAAAGACCUUCUCUGAGCCCAAGACUGAUUACCAGAGGUGUCUCCCAUCGACUGCCACCCACCUAAAGUCGAUAGUACUCGACGGAGUACGCCGGUGCGGGCUAUAUAAGAGAAGCGCAUGGCCCUGGAGGGCGCAUCCCCCCUCUCCGGGCGCAGCACCGACCGCGCCGCUCCGCGCCCGGCGGAGCCUCCGCGGGGACACGGGCUCUCCGGCACAGGACGGCUCUCCCUCGCCUGCACACCCGCAGCCAGACCUGCCUCCGCUUGAAGAGCCGCGAGAGAUGCGAGGGGCGAAGAGACGCCAGGCGCUGCCCGCCAUCGUGCUGCUGCUGCUGGCCUCGGCCCCGCCGCCGCCGGGCGCCGAGGGCGGGGACGUGCCCGCCGCCGGAGCCGAGCGGGGGACGCUCCUCGACCUCCUCCUCCAAGCCCUGGGCGACGCCGGCCGCCCGCUGCCGCCCCGCCCGCCGCGCCGGGACCGGGUGAUCUCCCGGCGGUUCAGCGGCGGCGCCCCGCAACCAGACCCCCGCCCCGCCGCCCCCCGGCCGCCCCCCGCCGCCCGGCACGGAGAAAUUUUUCCAAGAGAUUCCAGUCUAAAAGACAAGUUCAUAAAACAUUUUACAGGGCCAGUCACAUUUUCAUCAGAGUGUAGCAAGCAUUUUCAUCGACUGUAUCACAACACAAGGGAUUGCUCAACACCAGCCUAUUAUAAAAGGUGUGCAAGGUUGCUAACAAGAUUAGCAAUGAGCCCUUUGUGUACACAGUCCUAGGAUGUUUGCUAUACUUUCUACUAAGGAGAGAAUUCUGAUUUGCCAAGAAAGUGCCUUGAAAUCUUCCAAGACAGAGAAGACAUCUUUUACUUUUUUUGAUUUAUGAUGUUUUGUUACUAGAUGCAUUUUAUUUUCAUAUAUUUGUCAGACAUUCCAUAUUUGUGUGAAACAUUAUUUUAUUUUGAUUUGUAAAUUUGUUGCCUGUAGUUCAGACAAGCCAAUUAUUUAAAUACAUUGUAUAUAAAAAAGCACUAAUGAUAUACUGAUUAAAUGUUAUAAACAUAUGCAGGGAGUUGCGAAAAUUUUGCUGUUUCUCUUGUUCCAUUGUAUUUACAUCAUUCUGCUCAGGCUCUUACUUUCAUUAUUUGCACUAACUUGAAAUGCAGAAGUCUAUGUAACUGAAAUCUGAAUAAGCUGUAAGGGUAAAGUUUUACUUGCCAUGGAAGAUAUUUUUUAUUAUUAAGCUUUGUUAAUAUAUACAUAUAUAUUAUUGCGCAUCAGAAAAAAAUUGCUCAGAAAUGCACCUUGCUUUCAGGAACAUUUGUAUGACUAUUCUGGAUUUUCAUCAGUUACAUUUGUACUGGCACUUAUGGAAAGAGUUGCAAAUAAUGUAAAUAUAAAG